AGACUGACUGACUGUGAGGAUGGAGAGUGUCCUGCUGCUGCUGUCCCUGUGGGCUCUUGUGGGGAGCGUGUCUCUGCAGACUGUAGACUCGUGUCCGGAGAGGCUGUUGGGGCAGGAGAGGAGGAGGAACUGCCCCCGACCCUGCACGCUGGACCAGGACUGUGGCAGUAAGCGCCAGUGUCUGUGCGAUGGCCAGUGUGGGCUCAGCUGUGUGGCUCCAGGCCGGACGUGUCCUUGGCCUCUCCCUGUGGCAGAGAACAUGGAGGUGCGUUUGCUGUCUCCCACUCACUCCUUCUCCGCUCUGCUCGAGGCGCGCUGCAAACCCGGCUACACUCUGUCCAGCGGCUUGGAUGCCAUUAUUCGCCGUUGCCAAGGUGACAGACAGUGGAGCGGGGACGAGCCCACUUGCACAGACUUGCAGAUCACAGAGCCAGAACCAGAGCUAACAGAGACCCUGACCUGCCCACUGCCUCAAGAUGUGACUGGCACAUUUAGUAUCCAGGGAAACGCUGCUGUGGGGACCUCCAUCCACUACAGCUGCCGGUCUGGAGCGGAUUUAGUGGGCAGCAGUGAGAACUUCUGUCAGGAAAACCAAACCUGGCAGUAUCCACAUCCCAUCUGUAAAAAGGUGUACUGUCAGCCUCCUCAGGAUGUGCAGCACGGGUAUGUGGUGGCUGUGCAGAAGACGGAGUACGAAGUGGGAUUUGACGUUCACUUUCUGUGUAAGAAGAACUUCCUGUUGGACGGGCCUCAGAAGGUGACGUGCCUCCCAAAUGGCAGCUGGAGUGAAGCACCCCCCCACUGCAGAACUCGCUGUCUCAUUCCUGCUGAACGCAGUCGUGUGGUGAUUGGGGGAGUGAAGCGCUGGCCCUUUGAUGUCACUGACGCCAUGGUUCCUCAUGGGGAAAACGUAACUUUCUUCUGCAAACAUCCAAAUAAAAUGUGCAGCUUCACCGCAGCACAGACCUGUUUCGAUGGACACCUGCAGCCGCCAGCCUGCUACCUGGAGCCCACAUGGCUGCAGUACAAACUCUUCCCUCAUCGCCUGGUGUCUGAGAUCGAGGCCUGUGAUUCGGAGGAGAUGGGCUGAUGACCUUGACCCACCUGAAAACAGAGUGUCACAAUAAGAAACACAGCAACUAUUCUAUUCCACUGUACCCUCUACUAUAACAGGGGUAUUUGACUGCCAUGUCCACUGUCCCAUUUUUUUGUUUUUCUCUUGCAUACUUCUUUUGGAACGCAACUUAACUUCCUAUUACUCUCCUCAAACACAUAACAACUGAUCCCCUGUCAUGCUUUCUGACCCGAAUCCUCCUCCACAACAAAUAAACUUUCUUUUUUAUAGUGACAUUUUUACUGCCAAUGGUCCAAAAUACACUGUAAUGUACCUCUGCUCUUUAAUCACUGACUCUCUCUCUUAUUUUCAUAUCAUCCUUAAAUGAAAACAUGUGCAAUUUCCACUUUAAACGUCCAGAACAUGCAGUAGCUUCCGAUGUAGACGUGCAUUUUACUGGCACAGGGCGCAUUUGACAUUUACUCUGACGCAUCAAGUCUAAAAAAAAAAAAGUGGCUUGUAAGUUUUUGACAGUGAGUAUUUAAAAUAAACAUAUAUGG